ACGAAUGAUCGAUAUUUGCAUUUGCAGCGAGCAGAUAAAGCAUCUCGGGGUGGAAAACGGAGUGGUGAUGGAAAUUGGCCAGCAAAUAAAUAAUACCAUCACUGAGUGGGGAAUCAAUCGAACCGCAAGAUAGUAUAAAAGCGUACGCCCGACGGUAGCCAGGACAUAUUCGUCUAACGGCAGCUAGUGUGAUCGGUGUUAUCGAAUCGAGUAUCCUUCCGGAACGUGUGACAGUUUUCCGAAACUAUUUCAGCAAUCAUUAUGGAUUCAAUCAGCUCGUCCCGUCAUCUAGCGGCUAAGCUCUUCCUGCUGGUCGCGCUGUGUGCCGUGCUGCUUCCGGUUCCGAGCGCUGGACAGGUAACGUUUUCCCGCGAUUGGAAUGCGGGCAAGCGGGCGAUGCCGGACUCGCCGGUCAGCGGGGUGGCCGAAUGCUCUGCCAUCUGGCGUUCGGUGAACAACUUGUGCGCGGCUGUAACGAAAAAUAUUCAACACCUGACGCUGUGCGAAACACGCUCCCUGCUUAAAUCACUGCAAACGGAUGAGUCAUCGAUGGAGAGCAACAGCGGGAACAACUUGCCCAUGUUUUCCAACAACCAUAUCUAACCUGCAUCUCCGUUUGAUGGAAAGAAGCAAAAAAAACACUGUAGACUUAAACAGUGCUGGUAGUAUCUGAGACCGUUUGCAAUGGGACAUACGCUGACCGAAUUCGCUUCAAUCACAAACUACAGAGAGAAAAAAUCCUUCUAUUUUAAAUCCCAGUCGAAUAAUGUUAUAUUUCCUUAAUAUUUCUCUAAACCUGCCUUGACAUUGAAAUCCAAACACACACACUUGUUUUAAUGUAUCCAGUAAUUAUUGCAUCGUACACCUAGACAAAGUCAACAUGUCCCAUUGUGCAUAGUGUAGCAUAACAUAUUGCAUCGCGCAAGUAAA